UUUUAAACCAUUCUAUUUUUUAAUCGAUCACAUAUAACUCUGAUAUACGAUUCAUCCUAUUUUAUUUUCGCUUUCAAUUCACACUUCCUAUACUCUAAUUAUUAUUAUUAUUAUUUAGAACAUAUUUAUUGGUAAUUAGGGAUUGUGAUCGGAAUUAAAUAAACUCAAUUAUCCCCCUAUGAACUCUUCUUACUCCUCUUCAUUCCAUUCUAUUGAAUUCAGGAGCUUGUGAUCUGAACAUAAAGAUGGAGUUUCAUCUUAGUAGUAUCAAGGAUGCAUUUGACCGUGUGGCUAAGAAGCAAAAGACAUGUUCUUCAAAGUCUCAAGAAACUGUUGACCAGGUAGGGCGUGAAAUUGAGCAGGCAUUGGCAACACUUCAGUCACCUCAGGACCCCUUAACUCUAGCUGACCAGAAAUCCAUUCUUACAGAACUUAAGUCAAAGCUCAAUGCUAUUGGGUCACUUCAACAUUUAGAAGGACCGACUAAAGAAUUGAACUCAAGUAUUGCCAAGUAUCAAAAACUUACUGAAAAAUUGUUAAACCCUGACAUCUCAAAGGCAUACAGAAAUGUGGAGUUUGAUUCUCAUAUUAUCAAUCAGAUCAUUGCAAGCCACUUUUACCGUCAAGGUUUAUUUGAUCUUGGAGAUAGCAUCAUAAAUGAGGCUGAGGAGUCUAAUGCAACUGCAAUUAGAUCUAAUUUUUUGGAAAUGCACCAUGUUAUUGAAGCCAUGAGGGUUAGAAAUCUUCAACCCGCUCUCACAUGGGUCUCUGCCAAUCGUGAAAAACUUGUCCAGAUUGGUUCUAAUCUUGAACUUAAGAUUCACACACUGCAGUAUGUAGAGGUGGUGCAAAAUGGAACCCAAGCUGAUGCCCUAAAAUAUUCAAGAACUUGUCUUGCUCCUUUUGCUAAGCUUUACAAGGAUGAGUUCCACAAGCUUAUGGGUUGCCUCAUGUAUGUAGGAAGGCUUCAGAACUCCCCUUAUGCUGAGUUGCUGUCCCCAGUUCAUUGGGAGAUGACAACUGAAGAGCUAGCGCGCCAAUUCUGCUAUCUUAUGGGACAAUCCUACGAGAACCCACUGAAUGUGGUAUUUGCAGCUGGAAUUGAAGGGUUGCCCACACUGUUAAAGUUGGUAAAUGUAAUGGCAGCAAAGAAGCAGGAGUGGCAGGAAAUGAAACAGUUGCCAGUGCCUGUAGAAUUGGGAAAGGAAUUUCAGUUCCAUUCAAUUUUUGUUUGCCCGGUGAGUAGGGAUCAAGGUAGUGAAGAGAAUCCUCCAAUGCUGCUGCCAUGUUUACAUGUCCUUUGCAAGCAAUCAAUUAUGAAGUUAUCAAAAAAUAGCACGCGAACAUUCAAAUGUCCUUAUUGUCCAGCGGAAGCUACAGUUGCACACUGCAGACAAGUGUUUUUCUGACAAUGUUUGCACAUAUCUCACCAAUAUUUCAUUGAUGAAGUAUAACAUUUAUAGCUUUCUGGUUGUAUAUAGAUAUUCUAAAUUAUCUUUUGCAUUUGACAAGACCAAUGAGUGAAUAAAAAUUGAAAGAAUUGAUAACUUGGAGCUCUGAUUUCAUCUCCAUCUCCUUUGUUUGUCUUCUCCCCACUAAAGUGGAUUCUCCAGUUUUA